AAACUCCUCCCAGCCAUUUGUCUUCACUCAGCAUAUCCUAUCUAUUUAAAACCACCAAUGACACAUGCAGGUCAAAAAUAGUCAGCCCUUCAGGACUGGACAUUUCAAUAAGCUCAAGUGAUUUCGAUAUGGUGAAGGAGUUUGUCUGCUAGAAAGAUCAUGCGUACGAAGAUUACUCCCGGAGAAGUCUAUUAUCAGAAUUUUUUAUAAUGUUUGUGGAACAUUUAAACCUGAAAGACUACCCCGGUUCCUGUUGAUCCUUUAUUUUUCUGAAACCUUGAAAAUGGCAGCCGUUUUAGAACAGUUUAUGGAAUUUCAUCCAGUUCAUGGUACAAACGUGAGACUGGACCCCUCAGGAACUCAAGCCACCCGCGUAGAAAGUUUUGCAAAUGGCGUCUGCUUCAGUAAAGACCCCUUAAGCCCUGGAGAGAUUUUCCUUGUGGAGAUCGAAGAGAAAGAACUGGGCUGGUGUGGUCAUUUACGGGUCGGACUUACUGCACAUGACCCCCGAACACUGGAAACUGUACCGGAAUACUCUCUGCCUGAUCUUGUGGAAAUGGGAGAUAGCUGGGUAUUUGCUAUAACAAGAAACCAUAAUAAAGUUGUUGAGGAUGAAGGAGAAGUUGGAGAGCAACCAAAUGUGGGUGGUGAGAUAGAAAACAAGCCUAAAACAUUUUUUACCAACACUCACCUGUAUAUAGAAAAUGUAUGCAUACCCCUAGACAAGCUGGUGGGACGCAGUCGACCUGGCAGGUACAGUCACAUCCUGGAUGACCUGUACAAAACCAACGCAUUACCUCCUACUGCACGCCGCAGUCGCAUUGGGGUUGUCUAUGUGCCUAAAGGACAAGGAUAUGCCGACAUGCACAUCAUCAUCAAUGGUGAAGACAUGGGAGCCUCUGCUAAGAGAAUCCCAACAAAUAAGCCUUUAUAUGCCAUCGUGGAUGUAUUUGCAGCGACAAAAUGUGUCCGGAUUGUGCAGGUGGAAUAUGGCUUUGCUUCAUUGCAGACGCUCUGCCGGAAGACCAUUCAGAAACACAUUGUUCACAGAAUGGCUUUGGACUGGCUGGAACUUCCAGAGCUGCUAAAACACUACUGCAAAUAUGAGUGAACAAAUAUCUUUCCAGGUGCCAGCAAAGUGGAUUUUUUUAAUUAACCAACCAUUAAAAAAAAGGAAAACAAAGUAACAUUAGGAUGUAUAUUCUGCAGCUCUAGAUCCCUCAUCAAUGUGACACAGUUAACACACAUGAUGCCUUUUGAAACAUUCAAAUCAUUUUAAAACAACCUUGAUCAUCAGAUUUGGUGUGAAUUUGUGAAUUCCAUUUAAGCUAAACAUGCAUGUUGUCAUUAAAGCAAAGGAGAACAUGCUUAGUGUUAUGAACUCUUCUACCCAAAAUGUUAUGAUGAUGAUAAUAUAAUGAUUUGCUUCAAUGUAGAAAUUUACUAUUUGCAUUUUGUUUAUUUAUUUAUUUAGUUUAUUAUUAACACUCAG